AAAAGCGCCGGGCAGCCGCACCGCGAGCUUAGUCGAUUUGGAACUUUUCACGCGUUCGCUGCCUCAGUCUUUCGUGUUCGUCUCUUGCCUUUACAGAUCCCCGCUCCACAAUGAAAUACGCCGUGAUUGUGCUGGCCAUCGCCUUGUUUGCCACUUCUGCCGCGUCGGCCUCUUCCGCUGGCCAGUUCCUACCCCGCGCCUUCUUCACUUUGGAUGCAGAGGGUCACCAGUCGGAUGUGCACCCUGUGAACGCCCAUCUGCUGAGGCGUCUUCGUCGCCAGGUCUAUAGCUCAUCAUCCUCCUCCUCAUCCUCCUCCUCUUCCAGUGGAAAUGGCGGCACCAUCACCUUCGCCUCGCACUCCGUCCAGAAUGCCGAUGGCUCCGGCUCCGCUGGCUCCUCUUACACCCAGCAAGCAGCUCCAGCUUCUGCGGGAGUGGUAAACUUUGAUAGCCGUUUCGGCGAGGACUCUGCAUCGGGCAACUACAAUCCCAGCUACAACAACGGAGCCUACAACACUGCUUCCUCAAUCAACACCAACAGCGGAUAUGGAGGCACCAACAGCUACCAGCAGAGCUUCGGAUCCGGAGCCGUGCCCUCCACCCAAAUCCACCAGACCCUCACCACCUUUGAUGCCUACGGCAACCAGAAGGUGACCACCGUGCACGGAGCCACCGAUCAGUCCGGUGUCCUCAACGUCCAGAAGACCGAGAGCCAGAACUCCGGUUAAGGAUUAGAAUUUAGGUGUUUUCGAGUGUAAAGGAGUAAAAUUUAUUAAAUUAAAAUCAAAUAAAUUA